AUGACUUCAGAAGCAGCUAGCCCGGUUCUUUCGUCUACACAUACUUUAUCCACAACAACCACGUCUUCAGAAACGACAUCGGAAAUCAGAAGCACUUCUUCAAACGCACUGUCGUCCAAGAUCCACUCAAGUCCAUCGACAACCCGAUACAACGACUUCCAUCCCUUCCUCUUCCUCUUCCUCAAGCUCUGUCUCGAGUCCUGCGACUCUUUCGACUCCAGCAUCAAUUCUAAGCAGUACCACAACCAAAUCUAUGACUUCGCCUCAGGCAUCUUCCACGACCAAUAUCCACAGAACCACCUCAAGCUCGAAUUCUGCUUCUACAACGUCGUAUCCAGAGUACACCACCGCCGCGACAAACUUGUCGGAAACCAGCCUCCCAAGUACUACUGCUUCGUCCGCCGCUUCGAGCACUACCUGGGCUACGGAAUCCCAAACUACAGAACAUGGGAGCAGCAGCACAAGUUCCCUAACAACCGCGGGAAAUACGUCAACGUCCAGUUCGAUCAGCACAAGAACAAGCAGCACGACUAUGACGGAAAGGAGUUCCUCUACCGCAAUACGAGCCCCCAAUCUCGAAUUAAUAUUGCUGGUAAUACCUACAAGCGAAAACUCUAUACCAUCGGAGUGGCCCCGGAUGAGCUCAACACUGCCCCGUUUGCUGUAAUUCCAUUGAAUAUGGAUUCGGACCAGAUCUCCAACGCUUUGAUGGCGCUUUGUCAUGAUCCACCUACCAAUCCGCCUACCACUAAAGUUCCGACGACGAGUGCCGAGACGAGCGAAACUGAGCAACGGACUACAACUACAGGGCCUUGGAGCACGAGCAUGAUCUCGACUGUCAUCACGACUACGUCGACUGCAAGCUCUAGUGAAUCGAGCCCUGGAUCUUCAUCCUCUUCCGGAAGCACCACUACGAGCUUCUCGCCAAGUUCCCGUGGUUCCACUAUUGGGUCUUCCACUUCUUGGGCAAGUAAAACUUCGAGUUCGUUGUCUUCCACACAAGCACGUUCGACUUCAAUGAGCAGCACCACUGAUGGGAGAAUGACGUCAUCAAUUAACCCGGACGUGACAACGGUUCCGUCCACGGCUUCAGCGAGUACGCCGUCAACCUCGGAAAUUACGCCCGCGGAGAGCAGUAAAAGUCCGGAAACAUCGAUUGCGCCCAGUUCAACUACCCCUGAAGAAGCUUCCUCGAGUACGACAUUUGAAAGCGGCACCUACGAGACGACGACUUCGAGCGUUGCAAUUGGACAAGAUAUCAUAAUGCAGGCUACUAUGACGAAUCUCUUCAUUCAAGCUCCAGGAAACUAUUUGGACAUGCAAAUUGCUUUCUGGAGUGCAGUGGAGGCUCUAACUGCUUGGCAAGAAUUGGAUACCUUUAUUGUGCUUUUUACUGGGAGCACGCAAGCUGAAGUGGAUUUGGCUGGAGAAAAGUAUUAUCGAAGGAUGGACACGAUUGGAGUCUCGUCUGAAGACCAACGCCUCAAUACCUCGCGCUUUGCUGUGCCGGAUGCCUUCUUCGACGUCUGGGCCAAGUUCAAGCACAUCAGCGACAGAAUCUACAUCGUCUCCUUUGCGCACGACGAUGACUAUGGCUCCUACGGAAUCGGGGAGCACGAGCUCGGACUUUCCUUCUGCUUCGACGUCGAGUGCCGCUAUUUCAACAACGGUAUCUACAUCGUCCACUCUCAGCACUACCAUGGCUAUGGUUUCGACGUCAUC